AUGUCAAAUCCUUUUUUUGUUCCACAAACUCCACCAAGAACCAGAUUAAAUAACAAUAAAGUAUCAUUGGAUACAAAUCAACAAAAUCAAAAUCAACUCCACAAACAAUUUAAUAAUUAUGAAACUCCAAAUAGAAUGAAUAAUAACAAAUCAUUUUUAUUAACUCCAUCAACAGUUACCAAGAAUAAAAAACCAACUUUUGAAUCAACAUCAUCAUCAUUACAAUCAAGAAGAAAAUCAAAUACUGAUACUAAUAAGCAAUAUCCUUUCACUCCAAAAACUCCACAAAAAUCACCAACUAAAUCAUCAAAUCUACAUCAUCCUCAACAGCAUCAACAACAUCAUCAUAUAUAUAGUAGGAAAAGAAAUUUGAAUGAUAUAUUUUUAGCUCCUCCAACAUCGCAAUCAUCAUCAACAACAACAACAACUCCAAAUAAUAAAUAUUCCAAUUUAUCAACUUUUAAUAAUAAUGAAAAAAUAUCAUUUGGUUUAUUUUUACCAUCACCAUCAACUAUAGGUAAAGGAAGGAAUUACAAGAAUCUAUCAUUAAUAUCAAAUAAUUCAUCUAUAAUAUUUGAUAAGAAAAAAAUUGAAGAAUUAAAAAAUCAAAAAGAUAAUAAUAAUGACAUUAAUGGAAUAAAUGAAGAAAUGGAUAUAGAGAUAAAUGAAGAUAUCUCUCAUGAACCAACAACUCCAAAAAAACAAUUAAUUGAUGAUAUAAAAAUAAAACAAUGGCAUGGUAAACUGUUUAAUAAUAAAUUCAAUGAUGAAAGUGAUGAAGAAGAAGAAGAAGAAGAAGAAGAAGAAGUAAAAAUAAUGAAAUUUGAAGAUAUUAAAAAUAUUCCAAAAGUAAAAAUGACAAAUCCAUUUUUAGAUAAUGAUAAACCCACAAUUGAAUAUAAAAAUAAGACUAAUAAAAAUAUAUUUGAUUCAAAUGACAAAAUUAAUAAUAUAAAUUAUAAUACUCAUAUGGAAUUAAUUAAUAAUAAAACUGGUGAAAAAAAAAUUAUUAAAUUAAAUAAAAAUCAAAUGAAAUAUAAACCUAAGAAAUUAUCAUUUGAAGAAUUUAAAUAA